UCAUAUUGAUUAAAGGAAUAAAUGCAUUUUCAAAUGAAAGAUAAGAAUAGUGAAACCACAGCGGGCGCCGUCCUCUCUCUUCCCUAGUCUUUCUUCUGUGGUAGAUCUCCCAAUUCACAACAAAAAAGGAAAGUAACGUACUACUCGGAGUAAGCAUUGGAUACUUGUUGUUGGAAUUUUGGUGUGCUGAUGCAAAUGAUUCGUGGGCGUAUGAGAAUGGCACUUUCUGCUGGUGCAAUGUUAUAUCGUUCCUCACUUUCAGGUCCCGUGCGUCUGAUGACGACGGAAGCACAAAGUGUUGCUGCUAAGCUGAAAAGCUCUGGAUUAUUGCGGAGUCAGGCUCUUAUUGGAGGGAAAUGGGUUGAUUCAUAUGAUGGGAAGACUAUAAAGGUAUACAACCCUGCAACAGGAGAGGUAAUAACAGAUGUGGCAUGCAUGGGUGGGAAGGAGACAAACGAUGCAAUUUCUUCUGCCUAUGAUGCAUUUAGUUCUUGGAGCAAACUUACUGCUGCUGAAAGGAGCAAAUGUUUAAGGAAGUGGUAUGAUUUGAUAAUGGCCCACAAAGAAGAACUUGGACAGCUUAUGACACUAGAGCAAGGGAAGCCUCUAAAAGAGGCCAUUGGUGAAGUUAGUUAUGGGGCUGGUUUUAUUGAGUUCUCCGCUGAAGAGGCUAAACGUAUAUAUGGUGACAUCAUUCCAUCACCAUUAGCAGAUAGGCGUUUAUUUGUUUUAAAACAACCAGUUGGGGUUGUUGGUGCAAUUACACCUUGGAAUUUUCCCUUGGCUAUGAUUACCCGAAAGGUCGGCCCUGCUCUUGCUUGUGGUUGUACAGUGGUGAUAAAACCUUCUGAACUCACGCCCUUGACUGCUUUAGCAGCAGCUGAACUCUCCCUUCAAGCUGGAAUACCACCGGGUGUGGUGAAUGUUGUUAUGGGAAAUGCAUCUGAUAUUGGAGAUGCACUGCUCGCGAGUCCACAAGUAAGAAAACUUACCUUCACAGGUUCGACCAUGGUUGGGAAAAAGUUAAUGGCAGGUGCUGCUGCCACUGUUAAGAAGGUAUCUCUUGAGCUAGGAGGUAAUGCACCUUGCAUCGUCUUUGAUGAUGCAGACCUCGAAGUAGCUUUGAAAGGAGCUCUGGCAACAAAGUUCCGAAACACUGGACAAACAUGUGUAUGUGCCAAUAGAAUACUUGUGCAAGAAGGGAUAUAUGAAAAAUUCGCGAAUGCUUUUGCAAAAGCUGUCCAAAGCAUGAAAGUUGGAGAUGGUUUCAGUGAAGGUGUGGAGCAGGGCCCUCUAAUUAAUGAAGCAGCAGUAAAGAAGGUUGAAUCCUUUGUAGAAGACGCUACUUCAAAGGGGGCCAAAGUCCUCGUUGGGGGGAAGAGACAUAGCCUUGGCAUGACCUUCUAUGAGCCUACAGUCGUAACUGGAGUUAAUAGUGAGAUGCUCUUGUCGAAGGAGGAAGUAUUUGGGCCUGUCGCCCCUCUUUUGAAGUUCAAGACAGAGGAAGAAGCAAUCCAUAUGGCUAAUGACACCAAUGCAGGUUUAGCUGCUUAUAUAUUCUCGACAAAUAUUCAAAGAGCUUGGCGUGUCACUGAAGCUCUUGAGUAUGGAAUCGUUGGAGUAAAUGAAGGACUAGUUUCAACUGAGGUAGCUCCAUUUGGGGGCGUGAAACAAUCAGGUCUUGGCCGUGAAGGUUCUAAAUAUGGGUUGGAUGAAUAUUUGGAGAUGAAAUAUGUGUGUCUGGGAAGUAUGAGCUAAAUCGCUAAUGUAAAUUCUGAUUAAUAAGGGAUGCCAUGGCGUCAGUCUUAGUUUGGGUAUAAUAUGCAUUUUUAGUUUCUGUAUUUCCUACCUAGAAAAGACAGACGAGGCACACGCUCGAAAUAAAACAGUUCUGAAUUUUACUAUUGUUGCCUUGUUCUUUUCA